UGACGUCAUACGCCUCGUUGGGCCACAGGGAUAUUUGGCCGACGGACAAAGGGCGCGAACGAAGUCGGCCCUCUGUACUCUGGACGCGUCGUGCGUGAGGGAGAUGAGCACGGAGGUGGCUUCGCUGAGACCCGCGCGGCGGAGCAAGUGGGACGAGGCGGGUACCAGCGAUGAUCGGGUCCCGUGUGCGCUGGAGGCCGCCGCCGCCGCUGCGGCGCGCAUCAACAACAUGCUGGUGGCCCGGGGGAAGCUCAAGGCGCCCGCCAACGUGAACGUGAAGACCGGCAACGACACGCAGGUUAUUCCUGGAAUGACGAAGUCGUCCCAUGAGAAGGUGCAGGUCAACCUGGACAUCAACGACAUCCCUGCCGCAAGUCGCAACAAGAUCACCCUCGUGCAAGUGCAGGAUGAGAUAAGUAAGCAGACGGGCACAGUGGUGUCAACCAGAGGGCGCUAUAUGACUCUGGAGGAAAAGGCAGUGGCUUCUCCCGAUGACCAGCCACUUCACCUUCAUAUCAAGGGGAGCGGCGCGGAUAGUGUGAGCUUGGCCGUGCGGAUGAUCAACGAUAAGAUCGACGCGUGGGUGCGCGGGAACGGCCUGUACGAGCGCGUGUCCCUGUCCGACCCCGGCGUCGCCGGCAUCGGCACGACCUCCCAACCGCCGCCCCCCCCGUGCGGCUUCGCGGCCGAAGCUGUGCCCACGUACCCGCCGGCCGCGGCGAUGACGGCGGGGGCGACGUCCGGGAUGCUGUACGCGCCGGCGCCGGCGCCGCUGCCGACCGUCGGCUUUGCGUCGCCCGCCGCGGUCAAGACUCCGGCGCCUGCAUACCAUCCGGCGCCCGCCUACCACCAGCCGCCGAUGCCGGUGGUGCCGCAGGCGGCGCCGGUUGCGUACUCCCACCCGACGGGGAAUGCGUUCGCCCCGCCGGCGAGUUACUCGGCACCGCCGUCCGGCUUCCGCAUGUCCGCACCGCUCGCUCAGCUGCAGCCCGGGAUGCACUAUGUGCAGGAGAAGGUGUUUGUGGGGCUGGAGCACGCCGAUCCCGCCUUUGGCCUCAAGGCCUCCUUGGAGGGCCCCGGCGGCUCCUACCUGCAGCACAUCGUGCGCGAGACCGGCGCCAAGGUUCACCUGCGGGGCCGCAGCUCGGGCUACAUGGAGCACGCGUCCGGCCGCGAGGCCUUCGAGCCGCUCUACAUUUACAUCAGCCACCCCAGACCAGAGAAGCUGGCUUUGGCGAGAAAACUCUGCGAGGAUUUACUCCAGACGGUUCAUGACAAGUACAGUGCUUACCAGAACUCGAUGAGCGGUCAGGCAGGCUACUCGCAGAUGAACAACUACGGCAGGAUGUCCAUGUACCGCCCUGCCAUGCAAGCACAGCCGGUUGGAACGGCGUGGCUGGGCCCUGACGGCAUGCCGACGCCGUCACCGCAGCCGCCUUCGACGAAUGCGCAAGGACUGGCGUACGCACAGUACCCCGCUCCAGCCUCCAUGUACCAGCCGCCCGUACAGCAGCAGCAGCCACAGCAGCAGCAGGCGCAGCAGACGCAGCAGCAGCCAGCUGCGACGGUGGCAGCUAGCAAGCGGCGCUUUGUGGAAGAGCUUGACAAGGCCGACCCGUCCAGGCUGCUUGGAUACCAGCAUGGCCCCAUUCACUUAUCUCACUCGAGUGCAGGCUCCUCGCAGAGUGCAGCCGGGAUGGCCGCCUCAAGCCUCGCCACUCGCAGCGGAGGUGCUGACGCACGCUCUGGUGACAGCGAGCUGAUGCCACCGCCGCCACCGCUGUCGGCGACGUUCGUCGUGAGCCGCGCCGCGGACCGGGACAAGGGCCGGAUGCCGCCAUCGCCACCCUCCUCCGCCCCCUCGACGGCGCCCGCAGAAGGGUACAGCAGCUCGAGUCCACCAAAGAAGGCGAUGAAGUCUGACGAGAUGCUCAAGUAUUUAAUUCAGUACGGAGACUCCUCCGACGAAGAGGAAGGGAAAGGUCCCAACUAGGGGGCGGUACCACCACCACCCCCUCCCUCUCACGGGGCUCCUCCCGGAAGAGCGAGACGCACCCCAACAAUUACUCUACGGGAGUCGUCUUUUAACGCGAAUGCGCUUUGAACAACGGAGCUCCCCGGAAUUUAGUACGUCCCGGGGAAGCGGGAGAGACUGCAGAGUGGACGCUGGGCAAAAUGCGGCGGCGGCGGCGGUGGUGGUGGUGGUUGCCGGGUUACGAAGCGGCUCCAACCACGCGGCCUGCCCCGGUUAAUGCCGCGGUGAGUGUGCGCUUGUGUGUGUGGGGAGCGGUAGUGUAACGGUUAGCAAAGCUGCGCUGUGAACCCGGCGUGCCGAGUUUGAUUCCCGCUCACGGCCAACACCAACGGUGACAAUCAUCCGAACCGGUCAUGGGCCUCCCCUAAGUCGACCCAGCCUGAAAUUAGUACCUGGCACGUUGUAAACUUCGCCGCUGGGGGAGACAAAGGCGGCCUGGCAUGGUUUUGGCCACCCCCCCUCCCCCCUCGUGUGCCGUGCCGACAUUCACAGAUGCUACUCGCUAACAGCACUUGCCCCACAGUCAGUUCAGGCUAUACGGGGGAUCUUUGUAUUAACCGGAAGAAUGCCGGGCACUGUACACUUCGGGGGGGGGGGGGGGGGCGAGGGGAGUGUUAAAGAUCCCUUGGUGACGUCGUUCGCGUACGAGAGAGUGGUUGGGCCGUUGUGUGCCGGCGUCGUCACGCUCCAGAUAUUUGUUCGAAUCGGGGAAAGUCCCCACCGCAAAUGAAGCCACGAUGGGGGGGUAAGGGGCGGGAGAGUGAGCGGGGGGGUAACGCACAUGAACAUCGCCCCCCCCCGCACGGCACGCCGUGAGCAAGGGAGGGGGAGAGCCUCCGGAGAAAGCCAGAGCCUGGAGAGAGAGAGAGAGACACACCCAGCAGCGAGGUUUUUGCGGGCAAAUAAAUCUGAAGCUGAUGUGUCGUCGUUAAAAUUAUGGAACGACGCCGCUGUUGUUUUAAUGUGGGGGGGGUGGGGGGGGCGGUGGAAUACGGUGACUGCACACGCCGCGGUAGAGACUACAUCCUGAACACCGCAGCCGUUUUGGUGGGUUUUUUUUUUUCAUCCAAGGGCUCGGGUGUUUUGUGUUCACGCGCAACACCAGGAGACGCGGCGGGGACGCUGCCUCUUCCUGCGUUUUGUCAUUCGCCGGCAGUGUACUUGACAGGGUAGGCAGUUUGCAAUGUUGCUAAAGACGGUUUAGACGCGUCGAGCAUUGCUUUAAAUGCCACUGGGGUGUGUGGUUAAGUUGGGGCGUUGGAAUUUCCAUCCGGUGCAGAUACAACGGCUAGACUGAUCGAUGCCCGGGUGCGGUCGAGGGAUGGCUCCCCUAUUGGUCAACCACGUGAUGUGUGCUGAUGAUCUGGUGAUUGCUGCUCACUCAGAGGAGGAGUUGGAGACGCUGUUGCUGAACCUGGAGUGUGCCAGUUCCAAAACUAAGCACUUGCCUGGAUAUUUUGUGCCACCAAACACUCCACUCCCUCAUCUCUCCAUUGGUGAUGGAGCAGUUGUGGAGAGAGUGGAGAAUCCCCGUGUGCUUAUGACCGGCUCCGGUUUGACAGCAGAGGUCUCACUCCGAAUCAGUCGGGCGGCAUUAUCUUAUCACCGGCUGCGCAACGCUUUGUGGAAGCUACCUGGCCUGUCGCUCCGCACAAAGCUUCAGGUGUUCUCGGCCACUGUCAUGCCCUCCCUUCUCUACGCUUGUGAAACGUGGACCCCUCUAACGUAACAUAUGCGCCAGUUAGAAACAUUCUGGCUGGCAUGUCUACGAUCCAUCCUGGCUUUAACCAGGCUGGAUUGUGUGGGGAGCUCACAAAUCCUUGAAAGAUGUGUAAAUAUUCCCAUCAGUGAGCUCCUCCGGCAGGAAAGGCUUCGUUGGCUGUGUCAUGUAGCCCGCAUGCCCAGCUACCGCAUGCCCAAUCAGCUUCUGUUAGGCCGCAUAGAGGGGGCUAAACGGGCACGACAUGGUCUGGAGAAGAGAUGGAGCUGAUGCGGUACAGGAGGACGUGGAGCUGAGUGGACUUGCCGACGACUGGUACCAGCGGUGUCAAGAUCGGCCUCUGUGGAGGAGGCUCGUGAAGGACGCUGCUGGGCAGUUGGAGGCAGUAGCCCUCCAACAGCAACGGAGGGCGGAGGAGCGACGCUCACAACAACGAGCGGAGCGCCGGGCGGCUAAAAUGCAGCAAGUUGGCACAGUGGAGGGUACAGUUGGUGCAUCAGCCAGUCAUCUCAGUCAGCCAUGGCACCUGGGUCUGUCCUGAGACCUCCUGUCAGCGAGCCUUUGAUACUUCACGUUGCCUCAAAGUGCACCUGGCCUGGCACCCGGCGCCACGGUGACGUCACCGUCACUUAGUGGCGAAUGGCGGGGUAUUGGGGCAUAAUUUUGGGUAGACAAUGGAUAGUUCAGAGGUAAUGGGUGAAAGCCAUAGGACUGCCUUUCUAAAGCUCCCUAUGCAUUUUAUUAUUAAGUGUUUGGUCAUUUGUACCGCGCGGUUACUUUGCUAAGCCAAGUGUAAAUUUUCUCGCACGUUGAGUUUGCUCGGAGGACAACACACUGUGAGAGCGGCACCGCUGAGAUCCUGCGUAUGGACCUGAAAACUCAAUUUCUCUGUACAAGAAUACGGGCUCAACCGUGUGGGUUGACGCGUACGCGUUCUCAAGGCUAACAAGGCGAUGUUCUUGGCCUGAAUGCCACUAAAUGACGCACAGAGACCCCUCGGCUCGGGUUGACGUAGAGAACCUGGAAAACUUUCAUAGGUUGAGCUGUGAUGAAACCGGGGCUGAGUCAGCGAGCUGAACUUCUUUCGCACCGUGCGUAGCCAACCGUGUUAUUCAGGAGGUGCCGGGACAAGUCAACGAAUGGAACAAAAGCAGUUGUCAAGAAACGAUUUCUCAAUUUCGAUUUAAAAGUGCAUCGCUCCCCCAAGUGGCUUCCUCAUCAAGAGUCGGUCUCGGCCCCAAGUCACCAACGGGACCGUACAGAAUAACCGUGGCGUUGCAUUCGGCUCAACUUUCACCUCUGUGAAUUUAAUUUAACCGUCACGUGGCAAACGGCGACCGCACAUCAGUGUGUUUCGGGGUUGCCCCUCACCCUACACCCCCACGGUGGCUAUGAGGUGUCGUCUCCCUCGCCUGAUAUGCAGGAGGGCGUGGGUUCGAUUCCAACCCUUGACGCCUGCUGUAUAUUUGGAGUUUGCAUGUUGUCUCUCCCCGUGAUCGUGUGGAUUUUUCUCCGUGUCCUCCGGUUUCUCCCUUUGACAUUUUAGAAUCGACAUCACGCGUUUAGAAUAUUUGGCUGCUGUAAAUUUCGACGUGGUGAUGAUGAUGAGCCCACUUGGUUGGGCGGUCAUCUGUGGCCCGGUCGCUUCUGCAAAAGAGCUACAUGGCUCAGCGGGCCUUAGCUGAUGAAAAAUUUUAAGUUUAUUUGGGAUAAAAUUGAGACGAAAAAAUUGGGGAGCUUGGUUGGCCUAAUGUUCGCCAGCUGGCCAAUAAGUGAAUGAAUGAAAGGGUAUUCUUUAAAAAAUGUCUUUGUUAUAAAAUGUCGUUUCACCUUCAUGAGAUGUGGUUAGCGCAGUAUUAAAGCAAGCUGAUAUUGACAUGCCAGCAACGAAGUUGGGAGGGAAAGACAAAUAAGAGAACAUUUUAAAAAGAUUUACAGAAUUGCCCGCUUGUCUGUUGAAUGGGUUUGGUGAGAAAACCUCAUCACAUUUACAAGGUGAACAAUUUUUAGUAUCCAUAUUCUCUUAACACUCGCUAGAAUGUUGUACAGUCGUUCGUAUAUGUUUACGAAAAAAGUCUUUAAAAUAAAAAAUGCCUCCUUUUGAAAA